GACUUCGUUGUUUCUGAUGAAGCCUGUUUGUUUUAACGAUUUAAGGAAUUGGGGUUUUUCAGUGUUGGCGAAAUUACUGUUUCUGCUGUGAAAGAUUUGAUUGGUUUGGGAAUUUUGAAUUGUUCGUCCCAAAAUUGGGAGUUGUUCUUACCUGUUUAUGUACUGGGUUUCAUCUCAAGCUAAGGAUGCACAACUUUUUGCUAUCUAUGUAAUAAGAUUUACGCCCAGUUUUGGAAAUAACUGGACAUGGCCUACAAACAUACAAUGAACCAACUCAAAAGUUGAUUCAGCUCGAUUGUUAACCCUUGGACUUUCACUCAUUCCCAAGUCGGUCUUCCGUCUUCUGUAACCAGCGGCGAACUGAACAGGCAACUAGGAGUGAUCACGAUGGGACUUCUCAGCAUUAUUCGAAAGAUUAAGCAAAAAGAAAAGGAAAUGCGCAUCCUUAUGGUGGGUCUUGACAACUCUGGUAAGACAACAAUAGUUUUAAAAAUAAACGAUGAAGACACAAGUGUCAUCAGUCCAACUCUUGGCUUCAACAUCAAAACCAUCACGUAUCAGAAGUAUACCCUCAAUAUAUGGGAUGUCGGGGGCCAGAAAACAAUACGGUCUUAUUGGAGAAACUACUUUGAGCAAACUGAUGGCUUGGUGUGGGUUGUGGAUAGUUCUGAUCUGAGAAGGCUAGAUGACUGCAGAUACGAGCUACAUAAUCUUCUAAAAGAGGAGAGGCUAUCAGGAGCAUCAUUAUUGAUUUUUGCAAAUAAGCAGGACAUACAAGGUGCUCUUUCUCCAGAUGAAAUAGCCAAAGUGCUUAAUCUGGAGGCUAUGGACAAUAGCAGGCACUGGAGAAUCGUGGGAUGUAGUGCAUACACUGGAGACGGAAUACUUGAGGGAUUUGAUUGGCUGGUACAAGACGUUGCAUCACGAAUCUAUAUGCUUGAUUAAGUGAAGUCCACAUUAAUGUUUUGAUUCCUGCAAGAUGACUUUUUAAAAAAACUUUUGGAUGUACCAUUCAGAAUACUUGUGGAUGUACAGGUCAAAAAUCAUAUAUUAGCUUGAUAAGACGUCAAUUUAUUAAAUACCAUCAAAAUUUUUGACGA